GACGUUUAAUACCAUAGAUUGCCACAGAGUUUGUGUUGUGUUUAAUAUUUAUUAAUGUUGUGCUUUGUAGGCAAAUAAAUGCAAAACUAUAAAUAUGUACACUUUUAUAAUUAAUAUAAUUAACAAUUGAUAUGUUGAACAUGUCUUUUCAGCAGCAAGGUGUCACUGGCGAUAUAUUGCAUUUAAAUGUUGGAGGUAAAAGAUUUUCAACAUCUAGGCAAACUUUGUCCUUAAUCCCUGAUACUUUUUUUACUGCUUUACUAAGUGGACGAAUAUCUAGCUUAAGGGAUGAAAAGGGAGCCAUAUUUAUUGAUAGAGACCCUAAGUUUUUUUCAGUAAUCCUGAAUUAUUUACGUACGAGAGAGGUAGACUUAAAAGAUGUAGAUGUUAGAGCUCUUAGACACGAAGCUGAAUAUUACAAUAUUGCCCCCUUAAUUAAAAGACUUUUACUAUGUGAGGAGCUUACACAACCAACAUGUGGAGAUGUGCUGUUUUAUGGUGCUUUACCACCUCCUUGUAUUCCUGUUCAAGAUCCAGGUCAGCUGUACCAGUCAACUGAACCGAUUGCAACACACAAUUCAAGAGCUGGCCCAAGCAGAGGUACAGAUGGGCAUUCAGAUGGAGAAAAUGGAAAAUCUUCAGACGAGGCUGGCAGCUCAAAUCAAAAUCAAUUGGGAUAUACACUACAUUCACCAGGAUAUCUACCAAGUAGACCACAUGGUCAUUCAAGGAAUUCAUCCUUAGAACUUAGAUUGGGUCAAUCCAAUAGUUACAGUAGAAGCUCACAGGAUUUGCGUGGAUUAUCUGGCAGAGGGCAUUCAAGAGCAGCUUCGUUAGACCUAAGACAUGCUAGAAAUUCUUCAGCAGAUCUUAAUAAAUUAGUAAGGAAUGAUGUCGGAUUGAUAUUUGGAGUUACAGCUUCUAGUUGGGCCGAUCCUCUUAGGGUUCAGAUUAUAAAGGCACACCAUAAUUGGAUAGUUGUGGCCUAUGCCCACUUUGUUGUUUGUUAUAGGUUAAAAGAUUCUAGUGGAUGGCAACAAGUAUUUACCAGUCCAUACAUUGAAAGUUGCAUUGAAAGAAUUGCAAUUAAUGCUAAAAUUGGUUCUACAGAAGCUUCAAAAAUGGUUGCUAUAUCAUAUGGAAGCCAAGUUAGAUUAUGGGGUAUUACAGAUGUUGGUUCACGGACAAAUAUCGGCACCUUUAAUUUGUGUGUUAGAGUAGAAUAUUUAUUUUUUAUAGGUAGUCAACUUGUUGCAUUGUCCCCUUCAGGAAAGUUAGGAGUUUGGCAUGCUAUGACUCAACAUUGGCAAACACAAGAUGUUAUGCCUAUUGCUUCUUUUGAUACUGCAGGCUCAAUAUUAUUAUUAGGAUGUAACAAUGGCUGUAUAUACUAUAUAGAUAUGCAGAAAUUUCCAUUACGAAUGAAAGACAACGAUUUACUUGUAACAGAAUUAUAUAGAGAUCCAAACAAUGAACCAGUUACUGCUAUCUCAGUUUAUCUUACCCCAAAAACGAACAUUUGCGGCAACUGGAUUGAGAUUGCAUAUGGAACAACUUCAGGUGCAGUCAGGCUUAUAGUUCAGCAUCCUGAAACUGUUGGUCAUGGACCUCAAUUGUUUCAAACUUUUACAGUCCACCAGAGUCGAGUUAUAAAAGUAACACUCUCUGAGAAAUAUCUUGUUUCCGUUUGCUCUGAAUACAAUCAUGUCAGAAGUUGGAGGGUAACAAGGUUUCGGGGUAUGCUUUCUACACAACCUGGAUCAACCCCAGAAGCAUCUUUUAAGAUUGUAUCUUUAGAAAACGUUGAACCAACAAUGAUCUAUGGAGUUGCUAAUGAGUGCGGACCUUUCGGAGAACAAGAUGAUGAGCAAGUUUUUAUCCAAAAGGUGGUCCCAGAUUCUGACCAAAUAUUUGUGAGACUAGCCAGCAAUGGGAAACGGAUUUGUGUAAUUAAAGCUGUAGAUAAUAGUACUGUUAGUGCUUUCUGUGUUCACGAAUGUGAAGGGUCCAGUAGGAUGGGUUCCAGACCAAGGAGGUUUAUUUUUACUGGCCAUUCAAAUGGUUCUAUUCAAAUGUGGGACCUUACAACUGCUCUUGACAUUUCUUAUAAGUCUGAUAGUACUAGUAUUAAUCAAACUAACGGCGGUCCGAAUAUGGAAGAAUUACUUCUUAUGUUGGAUCAGUGUGAUAUUAGUAACAGUUUGUGUUCAACUCCUUGCAUGUCUCCUUCUCCAUAUAUGGCUGCUGCUUUACGACUGAAAUCCAGUAAUGUAGCAUUUUUAAAUCAGCAAUUACAUCAGGAUAAUGAAAAAGCUACAAACUCAUCAUAAAUCAUUUACUUAAUUUAUUAAAUGUCAAUUUUUAUUAAAUAUUUAAAUUUUGUGACAAAACAUAUUUUUAUCUAUUCAUCAAUCUCACUUUGAACAGAUCUCAUAAUACCUAAAUCUAUCAAUAUAAAUGACUUCGCUUCCGGUUUAGUUGCUGCUUUGCAAUAUUCAUUUCUAUUUUAUGAGUUAGUUAGACUGAUAUACGAAGUAUUAUUGUAUAAAGGGUGUUUCACAUAGACCACAAAGACAUAUCUGAAAAUAAUCUGAUUUGAAAUCUGAAAAUUUCCGCUUUUGGGCAGAUUUUGUAUAAGUAUAAUAUUCUAUCUAAAAUUUAUAUGUUUUAAGAUAUUCAUCUCUGUUACAAAAUUUUGACAGACAGAAGGAUUUUGUCUUAUUUAUAGGACACUGACAAUAUUAUUUCUUUUUUAACUCUUAAAAUUAAUUUAAUUUAAAGAAAAAUUAUAUAAAUUUUAGGCUGCAGUUAACUGAACUAUAAUCUUUGUUGUAUUAUAUCACCAAUAUCCUUUCAAUAAAUAAAAGUUAUUGGACAAAUUUGCUGACUUUGUUUAGAUUAACACAUUUAUUA